UAGUCUCCCUCGCAACGGAUGCCAGGAAUUUGCUAGGGAGCAGUGGGUAGACUCUACGUCGUAGUAUGAAUAGCGCUUACCAGGCUUCAUAUUGGCAGUAAAAUCAUCCCCCGGACCGAAGUUUGAUCCGACAAUGGAGAUAUUCAGAAUGUAGAAAGCAUAAUUAUGUUGGAAAAUCACAGGUGACCAUGUCCAUGUGAAGGAAUAUUGUGCGCUGGCGUGUAUCUCCGGCAGUCAUAAGACGCAGAGUACUGGCACCAUGAUUCGGCAGAGUUUAUUAUUACGCCUGCGUUCUACGCAGGCUGUGCUGAAAGUCAUUCUAACGCGAUGUUGGAAAUCGUGCAGUGCUGCGUGCUUGGUGUUGUUCCUGCUCUACUGGGUAUAUCUGGUAUAUGGUGGUGCUGCCAUGCUGACCGUUACUUGCUUACUAUCCAUAGUGUUACUAGGAGCGUUCUAUCAUUAUCAGGACUCAUACCUGUACCUACCCGAGACACCAGACGGUUCGCGGCAAUUUGUGGCAACCCCAAUGGAGCUCUCGUUGCCUUACGAGGAUAUCUACUUGCGUACAGAGGACGGAGUGCGGAUACACGCCUACUUUAUCAAACAACCUCCUGGCAUGCUGCAAACUGUGCCCACCAUUCUCUUCCUGCACGGUAAUGCGGGCAACAUUGGCUACCGCUUGCCCAAUGCACAGGCUCUGUAUGAAGAAUGCCAGUGCAACAUUCUCUUACUGGAGUAUCGCGGCUUUGGGCGUAGCGAUGGUGCACCCAGUGAGGCUGGUCUAUUUUUAGAUUCCAAAGCUGGCAUGGAUGCACUUCUGAGCAGAUCUGAUAUUGACAUUAGGAAAAUUAUAGUGUUUGGCCGAUCGCUUGGCGGAGCUGUGGCAGCUAAGCUCUGCUCACAUCCAGCGUGUGUGGACAGGGCUUGUGCUCUAGUAAUAGAGAAUAGCUUCUCUAGCAUUCCAAUGUUUGCCAGUGCCCUGUUUCACCCACUGGCUGGCAGAUUACCGGAGUGGGCGUAUAAAAAUCAGUUCUUCUCGGUGAAGUCGGUACGGUUAAUACGCGCGCCGACGCUAUUCCUGUCUGGCCUUCGUGAUGAGUUGGUGCCUGCGUGGAUGAUGGAACAGCUAUUUCAGAACUGUGGUGCGCCGGCAAAACAUAUCCAGCGCUUUCCGCAGGGGGGUCACAACGACACAUAUCACUGUCAUGGCUACUACAACACAUGGCGUGCAUUCCUGUCACAGCUAUUAGAAGAGGACCAGCAACUCGUGGAAGAAGAGAAGGAGCGCCUCAAGUCCAAGACAUGCGUCAUACAGUGAACCAAGCUUGAAUUGUUGAUAUGCCAUGCCACCAGUCACAAACUGACUUACCAGUCCGCUGGACCCGAUGACUCGGUGAUACUACGUUCGUUCACCCGACUACAUGCCAUCACCACACAACUGUCACCUUUGCGUACCGCGAAUAAGCUCUGUGAGAGUCGCUGUGCUGCUGAUGUGUCUGACUCACUUGGUCUUCAAGAGCGAGAGAGAAUGCUGCAAUCUACCAGAUAAUCAACGGUGUGCCGAGUGGUGGCAGCAGCAGGUGAGGACAAGGAACCUGCCCUGAAGAACAUUGAGUGCCCAACCUGCAACCGUCUGUUCUGCCGUAGUUCUGACAUGGCCCGGCACAAGUGUUUGACAAUCCGUCAGCUCCCGGUAUCGGAGCAGCCUGGGUCAGUGCAGUGUCCAACAUGCAACCGAUGGCUACGUAGCAGGGGAGGCUUUGCGGUUCAUAAGUGUUGGCUAGGUGAUGGCGACCAGCCACUGGCCCCUGCUCCUCUUGUUGUUCCGGAUGUAACUUGCACAAUCUGUCAUCGUUCUUUUAAAUCGGCUGCGGAUCUCAAGUGUCAUCGUGGUGGAAUCUGUCCAAAGCGCCCUACUGUGGCUGAACGCCAGCAAUUCAAGUUUCACUGCCAAGUUUGUCACAACCGACGGUUCCGGAGGGGGCAAGAUCUGGACCGCCACUUGGAGCAUUGCCUUCCUCCACCCUAGCAUCUUUGACAGUACCUCCCAUCUGGGAGCGGCGUGGCCAAUUCUGGCAGCUGUCAAUAGUAGUAGUAGUAGUGUAUGUGUUUGUGUGUGUAUGUGUGUAACGUUAUGUGUGUAUGUGUUUGUGUGUGUGUGUUCUCUGUAUGUUCUGUGUCUCUCUGUGCAUAUCUGUGUGGCCGGCUUCAGAUUGCAGUGCAUGCAUUACGUAGUGCUAUUCUCGGUCAGUUUCAAGCCGUUGCAGGUUAUUUUUAUUUUGGAAGGUUUUUUACGCAUUUGAGACAGUCUUGAGUCACCUCCACCAUUACGCUGCGCUCUGUCGCACCCUGGAAUAAUUUGAGACAGUACUAGUACUAGUGUUUGAACCUCAUUUCAGACUUCCAGCCAAGCAGAAAGUACACACGUGUAUUACAUGCAGGAUUGAUAAGCUGCUGCAACAUUGCCAAUAGUAUUCGUUUUCGAUUCCAGCAUUCCAACAUUACAUGUUCAACUACAUGUACUUGAAUUGUAUUCACUCAUCAA